AUGGAAAGGCCUAUGCCAGUAGACGACUUUAUUGAAGGUCUUGUUGAGAGAUCCUGCAUUCCAUUAAGUGGAGGUAAAACCAUUGAACAUAUUGAAGGAAAUAUUCGUUUUGAAAAUGUGGAAUUUUCAUAUCCUUCUCGAUCGAAUGUCAUUGUCAUGAAAGAUUUCAAUUUGGAAAUUAAGAAGGACAAACAGUUGCCCUCCGGUUCUGGAAAAUCCACACUUGUUGGUCUUUUAGAACGUUUCUACACUCCAAAUAAGGGACAAGUCUUUCUAGACAAUAUUUGA